AUGUACGACGUGCUGCAGCAGACCAGGCAGGAUGCCUCCCCAACCCCAGCUCGCGGCCCCCCCCGCCGGAGCGCGAGGGACCUCAAGUACAUCCUGCAGCAGGUGUGCCCGCCAACCCCCCACAUAUCCAAGCGCGCCGGCGGCCCCGUCGGCGACCAGUGGCUGGACGCCAAGGGCAAGAGGUGGCUGCCAGGAGUGGAGGACCGGCUGGGCCGAAGGGACCUGUUCCAGGCGCUGCACAGGGGGAGGCCCAAACCGCUGGGGCUACCCACGGGGGACAUCUGGCUGGACAAGAAGGGGAAGAGGUUCCUACGGAGCACUGGGGACCACGACGUGUACGCGAUCCUGCGGACGCCAAUGCCGGCCAAGCCACCAGACGUCAUAUGGGUGAGCAGGAGGCACAUCGCGAACAUAGAGCAGGGGCUGUUCGGCCUCACGGGUGCCGAAGGGGCGUCCAACUGA